UAAUUAAAUGUUUAAAAUAAAUUGUGAAAACACUUACUUCGUCGUAGUAACUAGCUCCGCUUUCAUGUCUACUUGCGGCUGCUAAAAGUGCUUAAUGCCAUUUGUUCAAACUUGGCUGAAGAUGUUUCUUCCAUCUUGAAGAACAACUCUCGUGGUUUCGGGUAUUCGGUGGAAUGGUGCCUUCGUAGAACUCUAAGUAUUUUUUGGACACACGAGUCCAAACACCAUCACUUGUGUUUAAGAACUCACCCUCACACUAUCUUUCGACACCCAUCUAUAAGCCCUGCAAAGAGCUUCAUCUUCUUUUCGGGUCCAAGCCCUACCUUUCAUUGCAGAUGAGGCCAUUUGAAAGUUAUUUAAAAAAUUGAAGGAAAUAUUUUUGGAAGAGUUAAGAAAAUAUGAGAAUUGAAAUGGUGUAGGAAUGGUGAAAAAUUUGUGAGGAAUAGUGAAUGAAUGGUUUAGGUAUUUAUAGAAAAAAAUUUGGCCCAAAAAACAAAAUAAAAAAUAAAAAACCAACGAUAAUUGACGUCAGCUAGCCGUUGGGGAUUCAAAAUUCCAACCCACCCCGGGGCUGGCUGGCUGGCUCGUUUGGGCCGGCUAGUUGGCCUUUUGGCCAUCUCCAACCGAAGGUUGGCUAGAGGACUCGUUUUAGUCUUGUCACAAAAAACCGUCUCCAACCGAAUGCCAAAUGGCUAUAAUAUGGAAUGUGAAUAAUUGAAAUAAAAUGAGGUAAAAUAAUAUGGAAUGGUGAAAAAAUAUGUGAGAAAUGAUGUAGGAAAAAAUUAGAAAUUAAAAAAAAAAGUAAAAAAAAGGCUGCUGGGCAUAAAAACAAAAAGUGGGUUGGUACAAAAAAAAAACAAAACCUAAGCCAUAAACCCUAAAGUGGGCUGGGCAUAUGGAAAGGAACAGAAAAAAAAAAGAAAUUGGGCUAGCCAGCGGGCUGGCUGAAAAUGACCAACCGGUUGGCCCUUUGGUCAUUUUUUGUCCAAUGAGGCCCACAAGCCCUUUGGCCUGGCCCUCAGUUGGAGAUGGUUUUCGAACUAUUUUCGGCCAUCUGACCCUCUGGCCCUCUGGACCCUUCGGUUGAAGAUGACCUUAGAAAACAACGGAAAUGAGGCACGGGUUGAGAACAUCUCUGUGCACAGGGCUCGGUUCUAUGGGACAGAGAAUGGGGCGCGCAUCAAGACUUGGGAGACUGCCAAAGGAUUGGUCCGCGGAGUUUCAUUCGUCAAUUUAACUUUCAAGGAAGUCGGGAAUCCAAUUACCAUCGACCAACAUUAUUUCUGUCACAAGCGAGAGGGUUGCCAUGAACUGAGCACUGCGGUUCAAAUAAGCGACGUGAGCUACAGUGGGGCAGUUGCGACAUCCAUUUCGGAAGUAGCUAUUAAUUUGAAUUGUAGCACACCAGUCCCAUGUACUGGAAUCACCUUAGAAAACAUUCAGUUGGCCUCGGCAGAUCCAGACAUGAAAAUAACAUCAAGCUGCCACAGUGUGCAUGGAGUAAUUAAGGGAAUUGUAGAACCACCAGUUUCAUGUCUCUAGCUAGCUUGGGGUUAACUUCUACAAAUUAAACCAUGCUUAAGUAGUCAUUUUGUAAUCUCUCUUCUUUUUCUAUGGAUAAGUUCUGUUUCAAGCUUUUGCAUCAAGUGUCGAAAUCUAUAUCACUUCCAUUUUGCAUCUCUGUGUGUUAAUUUUAGACUCUGGUUUAAUUGGAACAUACAUGGUCUAUGAAAUUGAC